UAUAGUUGGUAAGCACAAGAUAAAAAUAAGUCACUUUUCUGCUUACUAAGCUUAACUAUAUAUACAUGAGAUUGUAUUUCUUGCGAUUUCAUUUGACAUUCUAUCUAAGUAUAUAUAAGUAUUGCUCUUUGCUUUGACUUUCGCCUCGCUCCGUUUUACAAUGUAGUUGGUCGUGACGCGCAUCAUCUUACAUUCAAUACAUGUAUUACACCCACGCUUAUUGCAUCUAUAGUAUAGCAUAUUAAAUGUAUAUAUAUAUAUGCAUCACCCAUACUGCUACUAUAUAUACUUUACUAGGGGAGUCCCCCCACACACACCAUGCAAGUAUAAACUAACAAUCCAUAACCUCCAAGGGAGGUGCCGCCGCCUUUUAUGUUUCAGUCACAAAUAUUAUCAAACAUCAAUUGUUAAGGAGUAAAGAUUAACGAAAAAACUAAAAUCCACCAGCUAAUGUGACCUUGAUAUCAAAUAUUGUGCCAUUCCUGUGUUUGAAGCAAAAGUAUCUACUUUAAUGCACAGUGUGUACUAAACAAACAAUUUUGAAGAAAUGGAAAACUACUAAGUACUCCCUUUUUGUUGAUAUCCACUGUAUUAAGUCAUUUUUCUUACGUAAUGCAGCCUUAGCGUGUUUUUAAGUUGAAUUAGUAAACGUAGUAGUUGAAAAUAAAUAUAUUUGGUUGAAGCUAUUUAAUUUUUAAGUAAGAUGAAAUGUUACUACGAGGUGCUAGAAAUUCCUAGGAAUGCCAACGACGAUGAAAUUAAAAAGGCCUAUCGUAAGCUAGCCUUAAAAUGGCAUCCAGACAAAAAUUUGAAUUCCCAAGAAACAGCCAAAGAACAAUUCCAACUUGUACAGCAAGCUUAUGAGGUACUGAGUGAUCAUCACGAGCGAGCAUGGUAUGACAAUCACAGGGAGGCUAUAUUAAAAGGUGGUAUUGGAGACAAUUACAAAGACGAUGCUAUAGAUUUGUUCCGAUAUUUUUCUACCUCCUGCUAUAAGGGUUACAAUGAUGAUGAGAAAGGAUUUUACACGGUGUAUCGUAAGGUUUUUCAAAAGUUAGCUGCUGAGGAUGAAGAAUUCAACAAAGAUGAUUCAGAUGAAGAGGCUCCAAGUUUUGGUAACUCGGAGAGUCCCUAUGAUGAGGUUGUUCACAGGUUUUAUGGCUACUGGCAAAGCUAUAGCACUAAAAGAUCUUAUGCAUGGCUAGAAGUCUACAACAUCAAAGAAGCUCCUAAUAGAUGGACUCUUAGGCAAAUGGAAAAGGAAAACAAAAAAGUCAGGGAUAAGGCAAAGAAAGAGAGAAACGAGCAAGUAAGAAAUUUAGUGGCAUUUGUACGUAAACGUGACAAAAGAGUGCAAGCUCAUAGUAAGAAGCUUGAAGAAAAAGCAAAAGAAAACAAAAAGAAAAAUGAAGAAAAAAAGAAGCAACAGUUGUUGGAGCGUCAAAAACAACUGAAAGAUCACAAAGAGUCCGAGUGGUCUAAAUUUUCAAACAUGAAGUCAGAGCUUGAAAACAUUGAAGCAACUUUAGCAGCGGAAUUUGGAGAAGAGUUAUCCAGCGAAGAAGAUAGUUUUGCCGUAGAAGAUUCUAAUGCUCUUUAUUGUGUGGCUUGUACAAAACUGUUUAAAACCCAAAAAGCUUUCAGCAAUCAUGAGAAUUCCAAAAAACAUAAGGAUAAUUUCGCUACUUUGAAAGCAUCAAUGGUUGAAGAAGAUGCUAAAUACCAAAGCGGAGAUGAGAGUGAAGAUGACGAUUCUGAGAAUUUUGAUUUAAAGUCAAAACUGCCUCCUGGCACAAAGCUUGCAACAGGUUCAGAAAUGCCUGACUUUUUACUGAACCCACCCCCACCAUCCAAAGAAGAUGAAAAUGCAAAAACGUCUGAUGGAGAAAAAAUGUCAGGCUCAGAUGUAGAUGAUAAAGUCAGUAAAGUUCCUGAUGGAGCUCGAUCUCCAGUUGGGACUAGCCAAGGAUACAUUCUUGGUAAGUCGGAGGACAAAAACAAUGAAGAUGGCUAUGAUUCCGAUACUCAAGAAGAAGAGGUGGUAAGCGACCAAGAAAAUAAUCUUGUGCCUAAAUCGAAAAAACAAAAAAAAAAGAAGAACAAAUUUGCCAGAGUGUCAAUUCUUGAAGACAGUGAUGAAGAAGAAAAAGAGAUGGAUCUUGCACAGGGAUUGUCAAAAAAACAGCGCAAGAAGCAACUACAGAGAAAAAUCAUGAUUGAUAAACUUGCCCCUAAAAGUCAAACUAGUACAGAUGUAAAUACUGAAAAGGAUGUAAAGAAUACUGCCUCCAAUAGUAUAAGUGUAAGUCAGGGUAAAGCUGAGGAGAGCGAUGAUGAUUCCCCUCAGGAAACCGUAUCUCCUGUACCAGGAAAGAAGAAAGGCAAAAAAGCCAAGGAACUGAGGAAAGCUCAGAGACAGGCAGCUGGAGAAGCAAGAGAAACAAACGACAGGACAAGAAAAGCAACGAAAUCAACAGAAGUGGAACAUCCAGAUGAUACUUGUGCAGUGUGCAAGCAAGAGUUUCCUAGUAAAAAUAAACUGUUUGAACAUUUAAAAAAAACUGGGCAUUCUGUUUAUUUGAGUGAAUCGACAAAAGUUAAAAAAAUUGUGGAUAGGGCUGUGAAAAAAAAAGGAAAAUCAAAGGAAGAAAAUAGUGAUUAA